UAUGACGCGCUGCAUGCUGGGAAAAUAAUCGCAUCCAAUAUGGCGACCCCCACGGAGCGAGACGGGAAAGCCGUCUGUAGCUCGGCCGUGGAUCUAUUACUGCACCCCGAGCUGUUGUCCCACGACUUCCUGCAGCUGAUCUUACGGGAGAAACACGUGAGCACCGGUGAGCGUGAAACUCGGGACCGGCUCACGGAGCUCUACCUGCGGCACGUCAUCCCGCUGCCGCAGAGGACGUUGCCGGACAGCCGCUGGGGAAAGAGGAUGGAGGCGAUCCGAGGGCAGCGCGCCGCGGCCGGUCACACGUCCCACAGUUCCAGGAACGACCACAACAGGAAAAGGCCUCCGAUUGUAUUUGAUGGCAGUUCCUCACACUCUGGCCCGCUAAAAGUAAAGAAAACAGAAGGAACCUCCUUGUCGACGGGAACCAUUGACCGGUUAAAACCUCCUCCUGCUUCAAACCUGUUUAACCCCGUCUGCAAGCUGUCUGGAAACACGCCUUCCUCGUCCAUUCAUUGCACCCCUGACACAGCAAACCUCCAACGGGAAGCAAACAACUCGGGAUCAUUGACGUCUCCAGAGGUGAAGAAGAAGAUCCAGCAUGUGACAUGGCCCUGACCUCCGAUAUGCACACAGACCCUGAAGGACAGACCUCCUUUCCCACUGAAUGUUGUAUCUCAGUAUCUGUGCUUGCCCCCAUCACAGUUAUCCAACUAGUUCUAUCCCAAGAGGGAUGGAACCCCGUGAACCUGUGUGUCCACCUCACUGCUCUCUUUCUCCCACGAGCUGACCGGAUGGUUCCCCCUGGGGUUUUUGCUUUUAGAGUAACAAGCUUCCUUGUAGAUUUCCACAACCGCAAGUGCCCUUACCAUCUAUGAUCAGCAACUCUCCUCGUGUCCCACGCAGACACCUUCCCAAGGACAAAACAAGUAGCGCAACUUUUAUUUUCUUUAAUGGAAACAAUGGUUGUCCGGUACUGAUUUGCAAAAGGUGAGUGGGUGCUUCUCCUUUCUAGGUUUGUUUGAAGUGUGGUAAGUGAUUCUACCGUGACAUGAAUAAAUGGACCAACUUAAACACAAAUGCUACAGACGCUCAUAGUUUGGGAUUACGACUGAUGACCACAUCUAAGAUUAAUUGUCAACACGUUAUUAGGUGGUGCAAAGCAAAAUAGUGUGUGUUUGAACUGGUGGUAGUAGUCGUUUUUUUCUUCUGAACUGAUGUUUGGACUUUUAGGGUUUACUGUUUAGGGUUUUUAAAUAUUAGUUGUGCUUCUUUUUUUCCCUUUUUUUGAAGCUGUAUACCAAUCCAAUGUUAAAUAGCCAUUUUGACACAGAAAGAAAGCUACAUUUGUUAUGUACUUGAACGCUGAUAACAAUUUCUACAAAAGAGGAAAAUAGAUUAAACCAGGAAUAUUGUUACUUUGGAAAGUAUUCUAAAUUGUGUAUAGAUUGACGUUGUUUCUUUCUUUGAAACCAAUGAGAUUUCAUCAAAAAGAAUUGCGAUGCAUUUUCAAUCCAUUGGGAAAUCCAGUGUAAAGUUUGUACAGAUGCUUUUUAAAAUAAAUAUCUUUUGUUGAAUUUUAGUGAAGUAGCUUUGUGGUCCAUGUGUGAUAUGCUGUAAAGUACGCUUAAACAGACUUUGUAGGGAAAAAAAUAAAGGAAAUCUAAAUUCUUAA